UCAACUAACUGUUCUACUAGUGAAACAAGUCUCUCCAUCUAAAAGGGUAACAAUGAAGUUUGCCGUGGCUAUUAUUGCACUGGUUCUGGCCAUCAGUGCCAAUGCAUCUCCCGCUCCAUACGUCCAGGAUGUGGUGACCUACUCCAACCCAUGGCCGUUGAAGACCAGCACGGUCUGGCCAGCCUACGGUGGAUUGUACGGCGGUGGUAAGGUUGCUGUGGUUCCAGAUGUUGCCUACGGAAAGUAUGCCUACCCGAACGUUUACGGAAGCUGGCCUGUCUACGGAAAGAACUGGGGAUACUCCGCACCGGUUGUCACUGUUGGUGCCAAGGUUGUGGACAAUGGCCUGUGGAACUAUGGUGGCUACGGAUACGGACUGGGAUAUAACAAGUACUGGUAAUCAAUAUCGUAACAAGCGGUUUUCGAUAAAUAAUAAAUAGACAAUAACGCUGCUUACUUUA